AUGCUGUCGAGCAACAAGAUCACCAUCCUCUCCCUCAGGCAUCUUCAUCUCUCGCACAAGGAGAUCUCCGUUAUCUGUCAGGUCCUGGAGUCCAACGUGGGUAUUCUCUCUCUCGAUCUCCAUGGAAACGUCAUGGACGCGGUUGGAGCAACGAGCUUGUCGCAGAGCUUGUCGCGCUGUCACAGUCUGCGCCAACUAGAUCUAGGUGGGAAUCAAGAGUUCAACAACAACAUCGGGGUAGACGGAGCUGCUGCCCUCUCCCGAGCACUGCAAAGUCACACGAGCCUGGAGCUCCUUCACCUGAGCUACAACAACCUCUCGCCCGACGGCAUCCGCGAGCUUUAUGGACUCAUCUCCAGGAGCUCGAGAUUGAAAUCGUUGGACCUGGAAGGAAACGUCAAGGACGUGGGGAAUCGGCUGGGUCAGAUCUCCUGCCUGCACACCUGGAAGUUGAUCAGCUCCUGCACCAACUUGACAGACCUGAACAUAAGCGAGAACGGGUUCCUAUCUCGAGGUCAGCAGAGUGUAAAGAAAGCACUGAGCGGAUCGAACCAUGAACUCCAUCAGCCUGCUGCCUGUAUCUGA